GUUAAUUAUAGAGUAUAUAAAGCCGUUUGUUUGGUCAAUUGUCAUAUACAUACAUAGAUAUAUAUUUUCCAUCGUUAUAACAUAUGAAGACACGAAAAAGUCUUUUACUUGAUAACAUAUUUGGCAGCUUCUGGCAUCUCGGUCAUUUCAAGUUUAAUUACUCGGUAGGCCACGCUCAUUCAUAUUUUUUUUUUGAAGACGACACUGAAGAUGACGUACUAACAAAGUUUUGUCAUUUGACAGUAUGAGACUUAUAUUAAGGAAAUUAUAGCGAUACUGGCUCAUUGGAUAGAAAACGAUGGAGCACGUGGUAGUUUGGUGUGAGGGGAGCUGUGAGCAAAGGAGUAUCUUGACUACAAUAUGGUGAUUGCAUAAGCUGGUGGAUAUUCUGACUUAACAUCACAAUUUAAUUCUUUCGUUGUGAACAAAAAUUUUUGGAUUUUAGAUGGCGUCUAUUUCCAGUGACAUUUAUCCAAGUUGUUUCGCCAUUCCUUUCAAGUAAAGUGGAAAUUUUAUGCUAACCAAAAACAGUUGAGGGUAAAGCCUUAUAUAGAUAAGGAGACAAUUAUUGAAUUUUAUAAAAGUAAAUAUAUCGUCGCUAACGGUUUAAUUUAACCGUACAUCAAAGACAGUAUUCGUAAAUGAUGAUCUAAGACAAAAACAAUUCAAUUUGGCUUACGUAAAAGUUGUACUUGGAAAAAAAAUAAGUCUUUAAUUUUUUUUCUAAAUUAUAUUUGCAUCUCCGGUAAUGGUCGCUGCAAAAUUUAUUAUUAGUACAACGAAUGGAUAGGCUAUUUACUAAUCUACGUCAAUCUGUUUACAUACCACAUCAUUGAUUCCUUGGUUUAGUUAUGGGUUUAUACGCUAAAAAUUGUGAACUAGCGCAUGAGGGAGAUGUGACAAAUUUUGCCAAAAAGAAGAAGUCCCCACUCAGAAGGUUCAGAAAACGACUCUCUAUUCUUCUACAUACCCACGUAGCUCUUAUUUUAGUAUGUAUCCUGGCAGCUAUGGAUUCGUCUUGUGUCAUUGGACAAAUUAUCUGCGAUAUUCUAAUUAUGAAAGAAAAAUUGCAUGAAUGGGAAGUUUUGGAUUAUGAGAAACUGUCACCGAUUCUAGUAAAAGAGAUACCGCGGCUUAAUACGAGUGCGUAUGAGCCCGGGAAAAAGAAUCUGAAAAAUUUCUACGAAAUCUUGUCUGCAGAUCAACAUUUUAGUCCCCGUGGCGAAUCUGCUUCUCAUAGACUUGAGGCGUCCCACAAGCCUACUUCUCACCAGCACAGCCAUUUACCCAAGACGGAAGAUCCCAUAACGUCACCGCCUCCUGAUACUAAUGGAAACCACAAUAGUACUUCAAAUGAAAAACGGAAGAAACGGUCACUGCAUACGGUCGAACUGCAUGCUGCUGGCGCAGACGAGGAGGAUCACGGUAUCCUACAUGAGUUAAACCAUACAUUCCAUCUUGGUAGUAUGGUAAUCCUCUCAAUUCUGCUGCUUGAAACGCUGUUGAAAACGUUUGCUAUGGGACGAAAAAUACUCAUGCAUAAAUUAGAGGUGUUUGAUGCAUUUGUUGUUACGGUGUCAUGGUGUCUUGAUAUAGCAUUUUGGGAAGGUAUUUGGGAGCAUCCUGGUACUGAAGCUGCUACGAUUCUUAUUUUUAUUUUACCUUGGAGAGUCGUCAGGAUUGUUAACAGUUUCGUAUUAGUUAUUCAAGAAAAAGAUAACGUACAGUUAAAGAUUAUAAAACAAAGACUGAGAUUAAAUUUUAAGAAAACAAAAGAAAUCAGAGAUAAAUUAAAUACAUACAGGACUGAAAGUAAACAGUUACAAGGUUUAUGUAGAAAACAUGGUGCCAGUGAAAAUGAAAUCAGUGCUUGUGGUCCCGGAGGUCGACGACGAAGAAGUAGUGUCAUGCCAGCAUUAGAUACCUUAGCAUCUAUAGCAUUGGUUGGGGCAAUAGGAAAUCAUCCAAGUUUAACUUUGAGUGAUUCCUCCGACGAGGACGAUGAACCACUCAAAUACGAUUUGUCCAGAGAAGUAUCGCUGGAUCAUUCCAUAGCGUCUUUCGCCACCGCCACCAGUAUCGACAGUUCGCCCAGAAAGCUUUCAGCAGUGGAUAGCAAUGGUUUAGAUAAUCCUAUAUUUGUGGAUGAUGAACGGUUAAAAAAAUUACAAGCUCUGAGGACGCAGUCCAUGCCCCCGGAACUUACUAGGUUAUGAUCAACUCUGAUGGAAAGGUAGCAUCUAUAACGAUCUUACAUUAGGUUACCAUACUUAUUCUAGUUAAUUUAUUUUGAUUUGAAUGAUAGUCACCAGAUUAUGAUUUAAGCCGUGGUUGAUCAAAGGGUCAACAUUAACAUACGGCGCACAGGCGGGGUAAAACAAAUAAUGCCAUUUUGAACUUCCAGAAAUAGGGCUGCCUUAAUGUUAUUUCCUUAUAAUGACCCCGGUCGGUUAUUAUUUAUUUAGUCAGGCUGACGUAUGUUUAUUUCGAUUAUGAAACUGAAGCUUGUCGAUAAGCUGAUCGUCUUUACAUACAUUUAACCAUGUGUCUUGUUGUGUUGUUUAAGAUAUACAGACAAACGUAGAUUAUGGCACAAACUAAAAUCUGUCGAAGGGAGAAUUUAGCUGAUUAUUGUUAUAUAAUGCUUGUAUGUGCCUUUAGUAGUAAUAUCUUUUAAUCAGGGAGUAUUUAAAUAAAUAUCAAAAGAAAAGAAAAAUAUGGCUAAUCACCUGCAUUGCUGAAACAAGAACAGAAUAAAACAUUGCCAGAUUUCUCAGUUUUCAAUUGAUCUUUUUUUUCUUCAAAUAUUGGAUGGAUUGUGGAUCGAGCAUAAUAAUGUUAGCCUUUGAACACUUUUCAUUUGAUAUUUUAUUUUUUUAUUGUGAUAUAGAAAUUGGUUCUAUCAUAAGUCUUCCAUUGUUUUGUAUAUAUGUAUUCAUUUGUUAGCUUUUUAUUAUAUUGUACAUUAUCAUUGUGUAUCAUACAUACGUCGUGUAGUUUUGUAAAUAUAUAUAAUUGUUUUUGAUUGUGCUGUCAUUUUAAAAUUAUUUUAUUUAUUUUUCACUAAAAAUGUAAGUUUAAAUGCCAUACAUUAUACAAAUGAGACUUUGUGCCUUAUUAUGUAAAUUGUUAAAUGGUCUCGAAAGCGUCGGCGGGCCCGGGGCCAAAAGCAGACACCCGCCCUUUAUUUAUUUUGUAAAAUAUCCCAUGGACCUUCAAAAAUUUAACACUAUCAUUUUGUAAAACAAGAAAAAGCCUAAAUAUCUGUUAAUUUAUUUGGAUAAUUCAUUGGAGUUUUAAAUCUAAAGAAACUCUCUAACUUUGGAAAUCAAUUUAUUUUUAUUUUUUACCGAUCGAUUUUUGUCCCUCUAAGGGACAAACGAAAACUGACGACCACCCCAACUACCCAUUGACUUCAGUUCAAAUUAAAAUAUAGCGUAACUUUGGGAAUCAAUUUAUUUUUAUUCUUUAUCUAUCGAUUUUUGUGUCUCUAAGGGAAAAACGAAAACUGAGCACCACCCGAACUACUAAUGACUCAGUGAGCUUGCAUAAUUCUUAGUCAAUCAAUCUAAAAGUGACAGGUCAAAUACUCUUUGUGAUUGUUCAAAACCCGAUUUGACAUAGCUACGAUAACCAUUAAAGAAACAGCAACGACAUUCCCUUAUAUACCGGUAUUGUAAUAAAGGCCUUUAUGUUCUUUUGGCUUUUGGAAGUUGUCGUAUCCAUAAUUUUAAUUCAUAUAGAAAUGAUUUUGUAGCUGUUGCCAUCAUGUGAAGCUUAAUAUUUUAUAUAUUUGCGAGAUUGUAUGUGCAUCUAACUACAGAUGUACAGAUGUGAAUUAGGAUUUAUUUCCUCAAACCUAAUCUGCACAUACCGACGUAAAAAUAGGAUGUAUUUUAAAAGGUCUUAAAUGUAACACAUGUAAGCUAAUUUCCAUAAUUUAAAAAUAAAACAAUAGAUAUUAUAACACAAGUUAAUCCAGAUUAUUACAAUACUGUUUGUCAUACUCUGUAAUUAAUUAUAACCUGUAAAUAUUGAAAACAUAAUAACUGCUUAAAUAACGAAACGGAAUUAAAACAUAGUAACUCAAAAUCAAGAAGUGAAAACCUAAUAAUUAAGUGAAAUUUGCCAAACAUGAAUAUGUUCAAGUGUGAACAUCAAAUGUUAGAUAAAGAUAAACCAUCUGUCAAAUUAUUUCUUCUUUAGACAUAUUUAUGUGUGCAUGUUUGAUUUGUUCAAUGUUUUCGAAUAUACAUAUUGUUAUACUCUUUUAUGUUUUGAAUAAACAGAACAUCUUGCUACAAAAGGAUUCAAGUAUAUUUUACCUUAAAGGCACUUAACCUCUUUGAUUUAGGUUGAAAUAAUGUUUUAAUUUGGAAUAUACAGGUCACAAUUCUAUGGAAUACAAUUACUGCUUAUUACUGAGUGACGUUUCGCCUAGGCUUCUCAAGUCAUUAUCAAGCAAUGAUAAAAUAUGAAAAUAUAACAAGACAAUAUAUACAUUUACACAACAAUACUUGGUUAAUGCUGACCAACCAGAGAUACCUUUUAAUUACAUGUACCCAAACAAGACCUAACUUAGUUAGGGAUUAUUAAAGUUUAAUGCUAGUAACAACAUUCAAUACGGCAUGUAGAUCACUUUGGCUGGAAUUAACACAAGAUUAAGCUUGUUCGAACACAAAAUAAGUUGUAACUUGUCAAAAGAUAUAAAAUUUUAAACGGAAACAGAUCGUCAUGCCACAAAACAAAUGAAACCAACUACGUGUAUUACAUUUUUAACCUAAAUCAUAGAGGUCUAGUGAUUGUACUCAUUUCUCAUUGCAAUGUAAUUACUAGAAUACCAAGAAUUAUGGAUGAAAUGAAUAGACGCCGUUUUUUUUUUCAUUAGUCGUUAAUUUGAAUACGGUCAUUUAUUAGAUAAGACGACUUUUGUUUAUACAUCGAUUGUUUAACCAUUAUUCACUGUUAUAUCAUGUUCAUUGUAGAUUGUUACGUACAUCAUUUAAAUAUCUGUACAUUGUAGUAUAUUUU